AUGUUUAAUAAGUUAAGCCUCAUACCCCAUGAUGAAGCCAGUUUGACUCUGAAAAAUGUAAAAACUGGAGAAGAAAAUGAAAUUAAAUUCAUCAUUGUGCCAAACUCAUUCCAAAGCUUAUUGGGUCUCAAAACGAUCCAGCAACUUGGACUUGUAACUGUUAACCAGGAACGUUUCAUUGCAAAGAUAGAGUCUAGCACAAACCUUGAUGAUUUAGGAGAAGUUAGCUUAAUGGUGGAUCCAAGCGUAAAACCAAAAAUUUUACCAUCCAGAAAGAUUCCGCUCGCUCUCAAGGACCAUGUGAAGAAGGACCUUGACCAACUGGUUGAUAAAGGAAUUCUGGUAACGGUAACAAAACCAACCGAAUGGGUUAGCCAAAUGGCAGUGGUUCAGAAGUCAAAUGGCAAAUUCCGAAUAUGCAUUGAUCCUCAACCACUAAAUGUUGCUCUGCAAAGCGAGCACUACAAUCUACCAACUUUCGACGAUGUCCUCCCAAAUCUUAAAAAUGCAAGAAUGUUCAGCAAGUUAAAUGUCCAGGAAGCAUUCUGGCACGUGCGUCUCGAUGGGAAAUCAAGUAUACUCACCACAAUGAUAACGCCGUAUGGACGCUACCGUUGGACCCGUCUUUCUUUUGGACUCUGUGUAUCCAGUGAAAUCUUCCAGAGGAAACUAAACGAGGAUCAGGAGGGACUCGAAGGAACAUUCACAAUUAUUGAUGACAUCAUUAUAGCAAGUCAAGGAAAACUAACGAGGAAGCCUUAA